AUGAAUGAAAAGUCAACGUUAAGGAUCUACAGAAAAUAUAAAGAAAACAUAAGAGAAGAAAUCUGGUAUGACAGCACUGAAAAAACAAAGCUGAUCGGAAGGGCCAGACUAGGUAUACCAGGAUUAAAUGAUAGAAAUAGGAUAAAAGGAGAAGAUACAAAAUGUUUAUGCUGUGAGGAACAAAAUGAAAAUUUAGAACAUUUCUUACUUUACUGUCCAGCGUACAAUGAGAUUAGAAAUGGAUACAGCUUUAUGCAGCAACCCUAUCAAGAAAAUAAGGAGGAAUUAGUAGCAAAUAUACUAUUAUUGGUAGAUUUACUGAGGGAGGAAGUGAAGAAUGGGAAAGAUUUUAUAAAAGAUAUGUGUCCUGAAGCCAUGGAGAGGGUCAAUGUACUUGCCCAGUUUGCUUCAGAGACAGGGGAAGUAGCAGGACCUCCAAUUGAACUACCAUUGAUGCUUGGUCGGGACAAACUUCAGUUGAUACUCAAUGCCUUACUUAAACAGGAAGAAAAUACACCAUACAGCUUCUUUGUAAAUGAGAAAGAAGUUACGGAUGACCUUGCAGGAAUUCUAGAUGAAUCAGAGAGUGAGGAAAAGGUGAUGACAAUUCUUUACCAACCUCAGGCAGUAUUCCGAGUAAGAGCAGUCACAAGAUGCACAUCUUCCCUUCCUGGACAUGCUGAAGCAAUUUUGUGUGCAUCAUUCAGUCCUGAUGGGCAGCACAUGGCAUCUGGUUCAGGAGACACCACAGUACGAUUUUGGGAUAUUAAUACAGAAACUCCACAUUUUGUUGGGAAAGCACAUCGUCACUGGGUAUUAGUCACAUCCUGGUCUCCUGAUGGGUUGCAUUUAGCAUCUGGUUGUAAAACAGGUCAAGUUAUUGUUUGGGACCCAAGAACUGGAAAGGCAGUGCGGACAUUCUUAGGGCACAAACAAUGGAUUACAGCUUUGUGCUGGGAACCGCUUCAUUUAUCUGACCAUCCUCAGUGUUCAAGAGUAGCUUCAGCGGGGAAGGAUGGAGAUAUUAGAAUAUGGAACAUACGACAUGGUUCAUGUGAAAGAGUGCUUUCCAAUCAUGUCAAAAGUGUAACAGCUUGAGAUGGGGAGGUGAAGGAUUAAUAUUUCUCUGCUUCACAGGAUAGAACUAUUAAAGUUUGGAGAGCAUCUGAUGGCGUUAUGUGUCGAACUUGCAGGGGUCAUGGACAUUGGGUUAAUACAUUAGCCUUGAAUACCGACUAUGUUUUACGUACUGGUGCAUUUGAGCCCCAGGCUUUAAUGAAACCAAGACCAGAAUUUCUACCAGAUGAAGAAAGAUUAGCAUGUGCAGAAAACCGGUAUCAGACAGCAUUAAAGUGUGCUGGAGGUGUUGAAAGAUUAGUAUCAGGGUCUGAUGAUUUCACAUUAUUUUUGUGGGAGCCAUCUAAAGAAAAAAAGCCCAUUGAAAGGAUGACUGGCCAUCAACAACUUGUGAAUGAUGUAAAAUUUUCUCCAGACACAAGAAUUAUUGCAUCAGCAUCAUUUGAUAAAAGUAUAAGACUGUGGAAUGGCCGUAAUGGAAAAUUCAUCGCCACUUUACGAGGACAUGUCAAUGGUGUUUAUCAGGUAGCAUGGUCGGCUGAUUCUCGAUAUCUUGUCAGCGGUAGCAAAGAUUCAACAUUGAAAGUGUGGAGCCUGUUAACCAAGAAGAUGGAACUAGAUCUACCUGGACAUGCUGAUGAAGUAUAUGCAGUGGAUUGGUCUCCAGAUGGUCAACGAGUUGUCAGUGGGGGGAAAGACAAAAUCUUGAAAAUAUGGAGGAAGUGAUGGACCAGAUGAUAAUAAAUGUAAUAUUUUU